GAAGUGAAGGCAUCUGCAUCGCAGUAUGCAAACUACAACUACGUGGUUUAAGGAGUAAGCGUGUGGCAUUUUUUAUAAUUCCAACAACUGGGUCAUGGCACGGAUCCGCGCGGCAUUUUGCGUGGUGAAGGUGAGUCAUCAGCGUUUCGUUCCCGCGUGAAGGUCGACUACUCCCGACUAAAAAAAACAACCUAAUCCGGGGUACCGUAUGUCACGUGUCGCGAUACCACACCGCGUCCAGGUCGAUAUUACGAGAGAAUGCACGUGUGUGCCGCGACCCGGCGAAACCGGCCGACCGCAGCCGAGUUUUCCCGACGUCGUGCCCGCCACGCAUCCCCUACUCCAUUCCGUUCGGUCACGGGUGUUCCCCUCGGUGCCCAUUCUUCACUCUCCGGCGGGUCGGCUGGGAGAUAGCUGUCUGUCGGCGGCGAGGCGCCUGGGUUCCCGCUGACCGCGAUAAGCGCGCCUGGCGCGUCGCUGAGCUCGCGAACCCAGAGUGCCCGUGACACGGCGCCUGGGACGGUGGCCUGCUGCCUGCGCCUCAUGCACUUGUCUGUGCAGCUGCACAGGAUUGGACGUUCCCCGAGGAAAAAGGGCGCCGUGUAAGAAGGCAGGCGGUGACGGUCAGCUGAAAACAGUCCCUGAAGCUGCAGAAGAGGAGCCAUGGAUAACUUACGUCCUGCAGGCGGAAGGAAGCUCUCCUUCAUCGGUCCCAUCAGCAGGAAGAAGAGCAUGGUGCAAGAUGGACACACAGAGCCGGGUGCUGACCUCGAUGAAGAGAUGGAGAAGGUGUUCACGAUGGGCGGAGACAAGUUCGAUGUGGCCAAGUUCGGGGCAUCUCCCGACUCCAGCAGUGGGCGCAGUUUUGGAGAGAAGGAUUUCAUCCAACACAGGAAGAAGAGCUACCCCCACCCACACAUACCAAAGUCCCUGCUCUCGAGGCCGGCCAGGAAGAGGGACUCCUCUCCCCGCGAGUCUGAGUCGGAGAAGAGCGACGCUGGAACAUCUGCGGAGGUUGGUGACUCUCGCAAGAUGUCUGCUGUAGAGAUGAGUUUGGACGAGGAUCCAUGUCUUCCAUCAGUUCCAUCUUCGUCCACUGCUGCCAACAUGCCUGGGGCCAGCUCGCUGAACACUCCGAGCCCAGAGGACGUGAUGCUGAGCAGCGAAUCAGAGCCACAGGUGUCGGAGCGGGCAGCUUCCUUCGCGGACAGUCCCUUGUUUGGUUCCCCGGUGGAGGCUCUCCGAAGGGUGCAGUUUCAGAUAGGUGAAGGGGUGGAUGCUGGGGGAAACAUCUCUGAAACAACUGAUGCAGCUGAGCCUCAGAGAAGAGAUUCUGUGCCUAAGAACCAUGAAAAGAAGAAACGGAAGCACAGUCGCCAUCACCAUCGGCAUGCAUCACGCAAGUACAGUCUUCCUGAAGAGACCUACCUGUCUAGGAAGGUGGGGCCGGAAUUCGAUGGAGUUCUGCACCCCGGGGAUGUGUCAAACCUUCAAGAGCAUGACCUAGACGAUCUAACCAGCCAUCGAUUUGAUGAUUCAAAAGGAAUUCGUCGAUUUAAGAUACAGCCAAAGAUCAGUAAUGCAUCUGUUGUGCACAUUGGGCGCAAGGAUGGUCUUGCCCUGGAGGGUGUGUUGCCAUUGGCAUCACUGAAGAAGACAUACGACCAUAGUCCACACGAGAUAUUUGUUCAACUGGAUGAGCUGCAUGGUCUGGGUGAUGAACGUGAGUGGAAAGAGACAGCUCGUUGGAUCAAAUACGAAGAGGAUGUGGAGGAAGGAGCCGACCGCUGGGGCAGGCCACACGUGGCUUCCCUCAGCUUUCACUCGCUGCUGAAUCUGCGACGUUGCCUGGAGACUGGCGUGGUGCUGCUGGACCUGGAGGAGAAGGACCUGCCCGGGGUGGCGUACCGCGUGGUCGAGCAGAUGGUGGUGGACGAGCUGAUCAAGCCCGAGGACAAGCCCACAGUGAUGCGGGCGCUGCUGCUGCGGCACCGCCACGUCAACGAGCACGACCGCUUCCGCUUCGCCGUGCGCCGCAACGUCGCCAGCUACACCAGCCUGCAGAAUCUGAAUGAGGAGAAAGGGAAACCCAAAAUCAUUCCCAGCAAUGCAAGUUUUGACACGGUGGCAACAGUGAAGCUAUCCAACAGCCAUCCAGCCAUUGUGGACACACUAGGCAAGCCAGAAAACCACGUGGUGGACGUAAAGGAAGAAACAUACACUUCAUCCGUGGAUGAUUUGAAGAAGAUACACAACGAUGCAAUUUUAAAAAGGAUACCUGUGGGAGCAGAGGCAACGACGGUGCUCGUCGGAGCCUUAGACUUCUUGGAGCAACCAACCAUAGCUUUCGUUCGUCUGGCCGAGGGUGUUCCCAUCCCUGCACUCACCGAGGUUUCAAUACCUGUCAGAUUUAUGUUCAUUCUUUUGGGACCAAACACAGCGGACCUUGAUUACCAUGAAAUUGGUCGCUCAAUAUCAACUCUCAUGUCAAAUGCGUAUUUUCAUAGCAUAGCAUACAGGGCUGAGGAACGGAAAGAGCUGUUGUCGGCUAUUAAUGAGUUCCUGGACGACAGCAUAGUGCUGCCGCCGGGGGAUUGGGAGCGGAAGGCAUUGCUGCCCUUCACUGAGCUGAAGGCAAAGAGCGAAAAGAUUCGCCGCAGGAGGAACAAAAGUAUACAGAUGUUGGAGGGACCUCAUAAAGCCUUACUUAUCGCCGGAGGGGAUGGAGAUGGGGGCAAGCCCCCAGGAGAUGACCCUCUGCGCAGGACAAGACGCCCGUUUGGAGGGCUUAUCAACGACAUAAAGAGGAGGUUCCCAUUCUACAAGUCUGAUAUUUUAGAUGGCUUGAAUUCUGAAUGCUUCGCAGCAAUUAUCUUCAUUUAUUUUGCGUGUGUGUCGACUGCCAUCACGUUUGGUGGAAUAAUGGGUGGGAAUACGAACAACUCGAUUGGAAUAUCUGAAACGCUGAUCUCCACGUCGGUUGCUGGCAUAAUAUUUGCUUUGCUUUCUGGCCAGCCUCUAAUCAUCAUUGGAACAACCGGUCCAUUGCUCAUAUUUGAUGAGAGCUUGUUUAAUUUUUGUUUAUCCAACGGCCUCAACUUCCUGGCAACGAGGACGUACAUAGGACUGUGGUUAGGACUGAUUGCAUUGGUCGUCAGCAGCUUCGAAGGCAGUGUGCUUGUGAAACUGUUCACUCGUUUCACUGAAGAAAUUUUUGCUGCUCUGAUUGCACUUUUGUACAUGGUUGACAGUUUCACUAAAGUAUACAUGGUUUUCAAGAAGUUUCCCCUCGUGGACGACUACUGUACGAACGGGUUCGUGCCCAACGCCUCCAACGUGUCGUAUCCCGAGGACGCGGCCCCCAUGUGGGCGGACUCGGGCAGCGGUCUCGCGGCCCUUGCGCUGACACUCGUACCCAACGACACUGCGGAGGAAGUUUUCUCAAGUUCCACAGACAACAGUGUGAUAGAUGACGGUUUAAACAUGCAAGUGAAUGUUGAAACCAUCUAUGUGCAGCCAAACACUGCUUUGUUCUGCCUUAUAUUAUCUCUCGGAACAUUUUUCAUAGCGUACUACCUGCGCCACUUCCGAAACAGCAAAUUUCUGGGCAGAAAUGCGAGGCGAGCGCUUGGUGACUUCGGCGUGCCCAUCGCCAUUGUGGUGAUGGUGCUCAUGGACUUCCUCUUCCCAACCGUGUACACCGAGAAGCUGAAAGUCCCGCAGGGCCUUCAGCCCUCCUCUCCGUCCGAGAGAGGCUGGAUCAUCUCUCCAGUCGUGUCGGAGGCGUGGAUACCAUUCGCCACCGUGUUUCCCGCCAUGCUCGUGUACAUCCUGCUCUUCAUGGAGACGCAUAUCUGCGAGCUGAUUGUGAGCAAGAAGGAGCGAAAGCUGAAGAAAGGCACCGGCUUCCACCUGGACAUCGUGAUAGUGAGCCUGCUGAACAUCGGCUGUGGCUUCACGGGCGCACCGUGGAUGUGCGCGGCAACCGUCAGAUCCAUCGCGCACGUGUCUGCCAUCACCGUGAUGUCCCGCACACAUGCGCCCGGAGAGAGACCUCACAUCAUCGAGGUCAAAGAACAGAGGCUGAGCGCUCUGCUGGUGGCGUUCCUUAUCGGCAUGUCGGUGUUGAUGGCACCCCUGCUGCGUCUGGUGCCCAUGUCGGUCCUCUAUGGGGUGUUCCUGUACAUGGGCGUCUCCUCCACCAGUGGAAUCCAAUUCUUCGACCGGCUGCAGCUCAUAUUCAUGCCGGUCAAGCACCACCCGCAGUCCGCGUACGUCAGAAGGGUGAAGACCAUGAAAAUGCAUAUGUUCACAUUGAUCCAAAUAUUCUGUCUGGCAGUAUUGUGGGUAGUUAAAUCCACCAGAAUCUCAUUGGCUUUUCCUUUCUUCCUCGUUCUUAUGAUUCCGCUACGAGCACAACUGAAGUACAUUUUUUCACCAGCGGAACUUCACGUGCUGGACAGUCAGGAAGUGGAUCCAGACAGCCAAGACAGGGACGAUGAACCUGACUUCUACGACGAGGCUCCGCUCCCAGGAUGAACACAGUAGCGUCUAGAUAACAGUACCUAGUAGUUUAUUGAUAGUGCGUGACUUACGUGAUUGCAAUACUGUUUGAGUGACAGCAGAGUGCAUGUACUUAAUGUUGACUGAUAGAGUGAUGCUACAGACUAAUAAGCAAUUAGUUGUUUUUCCAAGUGCCUUUUUUAUAAGAGAUUUUUUGUAACUGUUGAACAAGUAUUGGGUUCAAUGGAUGGGACUUGAAAAUAUGCACCUCAAUAUCCAGGUUGUGGCACAAUGUAGUUUUUAAGUACUGUUUUGCAUUAAGUUGUACUAUUUACUGACAUCCUGCCAUACUUUCGUAGGUCAUCUCAUGUCAUGUCUUAUGUCGUGUGUAAGGUAACAGUUUAUUUUUAUUAUUUUUAAUAGUAUAAAGUGUAGAAAAUAUAGUUAUUUUUUAACCAUGUUAGUAUGUAGAAAUCCCUUCACGACAGUUCAGAAAUAAGAAGAAAUUUGUGAUGCAUGUUCUUUAUAACACGUUGACUUCAACCUUGGGAAUUUUUCAAGUGAUAACUUAAGAUUAGAAUUUUCUAAGUGUUAUUUAUCUAUGAUUGGAUAUGGGUUAUGAUUAAAAGGGAGUGGUAUCUUGUGUCCGUGCCAUCAGGAACUGAAAUUAAUUGGUUUUACAUUUUGCCGUUUGCCAUUACUUGGUGUUGCACUAAUACCCCUCACACUUCCAGUGUCUUUAUCAAAUAAAGCAGUCUUCAAACUGCUCGCUGACUUACUACUAUUGUUUUUUGUAGUACUCAUUAACGUGAACACUGUAUAAUGCAAGAGUUUACAGAUUUUAGUGCAAUAGUAGCUAUUAAACAGAGAAAAUAUUAAAUUAUUUGUGCACUAAUUUACAUUAGUUGCCAGUUUUAUUCUGAUGAGCAUAAGAUAAUAUUGCGAAUAAUGCCAGAUAAUAAUGCCGUUUUUAAAGUAGGAUAUAUUUAAGAUGUGAGGAUCACAUUUCUUUACUGAGCAGUAUUUUCAUUCAAUAUUGUUGCAUGUAGAUGCAGGAUUAAGGCUAAUCUUUUUCUGAAGUUGUUGAAUAUUUUAAAAAAUAUUUGACAGUAGCAUUAUUAUGUAUUACUAAUAAGUUUAAAUAAAGUUACUAAUUUGCAUUUAGUGGAUUGAAAGUAUUAAUGCUCAAUAGUUCUUGUUACCAUGAGGAAUAGCCAAUGGUAGAUGUGUAACUGCCCUGCUUAUCAAAAUUGUGAAGCAUAUAGGCUUUUGUAGUCUUGUGUCUCAUCAAACAGGUAUUUCAUGUUUUAAUUGGUUUUGGCCCUUUUUUUGUAUUAUUAUCUGCAAUUCAUUGUAAAGGUUUAUCAAUAUGUACUAUAUCUAUUAACUUUUUGCAUUAUUUUUUUAUAAUUUUAUUAGUAUUUUUGCUGUAAAUGUAAGAUUCUCAAGUAUAAUUUUUAUUGUUUUAUAGUUUGUUUUGCUGUUUAUUGUUUAAACUUUGCUAAGUGUAAAGUAUUUUAAGACAGCUCAGGCCACAAACAACAAAAGUAAAAUCAGUUUUUUUGACUUAUGCUGCAGAUGUUUAAUCAUUGGAAUGCAAUACUGUUAAGGCCCUAUGUAUGGUAUGAAAUUUUCUUUGUUACAGUAGGACAUUUGUAGUGAUAAAGAAGUGUUUUCUCUGAAUAAGUUACAUUCAUAUGAAAUGUAACGUGCAUUUUGUUUGAAAAAAAAAUAAUAAUUGAGUUUUACUGGCUGUAAUUAUUGAGUAUUUUAAACUCUUUGUCAUCUCUCAUUGAUUUGCCCAGCUGUCCAACCUAUCACAUGGUCAUUUGAAGAUAUUUUUUAUGUGUUGAUUAUUGAAAAUCUUAUUUUCAUGUAGUUAUUCGUUUAUUUUAAUUAUUAAUAUUUUAAAAUAGGAAGUAUUAAGCAGAGCCGUCAAAGAAAUUAAGGGCCCGGGGGCAAAUAAUUUUGUCGGGCUCCCUCACUAUUACUUAAUACACAACUCUUCAAACCCCUCGCUAUUUAAAAAAAAAAUCAAAAGACUGCAAACCUUUAUAAUGCUGUAUAAAUAGACCAACACCAAGUGAUUUUUAACAGAAUUUUUAGAUAAGUUUUUUAAUGUUUCUCUCAAUGAAACAUGAUUUUCAUUCCUGUAUUACUUUUGAAAAAAUAUAACGUAUUUAAUACCGACCAACCUAAAAAUCAAUAAUCAUUAAAAAUUAGUUUUCCGUGCUUUCAUAUCAGCGAACAUUUCAAUAGUAGAAUCAAAAAUCAAUGUCCACACAAAUAUUAAUUCAAUGCAUAAUGUUCCUAGGUCAGUAAGUCUUUGUUGACACAUUGUUGUUCUCUGGCAGUUCUUAAUUCUGCUAAGCACACUGAAAUAUCUUUCUGCUAGAGCAACAGGAACAGGAAUACACAGAAUAUACGCACUGCAGCACAUUCGGAAAUAAACUAACAGUAUUGAUUAUGUUAAUGUGUUAGCAAAUUUAGAGCUUGCAGAGUAGAUUAGAAAUAUUUGGCUUAUGAAUUGCUUUAAGAUACUUUACUUUUUCUGUUAAGUCUGUUCAUAAGUCUGUGUAUUUAUUAUCUGCAUGUUCAGCAAAACACACCAUUUCUUGAGUGAGAUUUUGGAUCUUUGUACAUACAGAUGUUUUAAUUAAUAUUAACAAGAUCAAAAAAUUGCAGACACCAUUAUAGACACACAUAGACACACAUAGACAAACACACAGACACAGAUAUAUAAACACAAUUGUGGCUGGCAGAUUUUUCAUUGCCUUUUCAGGUUUUUAACAUUCUGCUGCCAAGCGAUAACCAAGCCGCCUCAUCCAAGCUGAAACUAAAUACGUAUAUUAUAUAUAUAUAUAUAUAUAUAGAGAGAGAGAGAGAGAGGGAGAGAGAGAGAGAGUGAGUCUCUCUUCUUUUAGUCUGUUAUCACAACUUUCUUCCAGCCAGAUUUAUUUGUAGGGUGACUGUAAAUGUGAUGUGUGCAUAUUGCAUAACUUAAGGUUUUCAUUUUCAGACUUCUAAUUUUUUGUCCUGCUAUGUAUCAGGGUACAUUUAUGCAUUUCAAAGUCUUGAAAUGAAACAGGGCCUCUCUGUUGCCUGGGCCUCGGGUAUUUUGCCCCCUCUCCAUCCUCUCUACAGCUCUGGUAUUAAGUAUUUGAGAAACACUUCACAGGAUGGGAAAAUGUAUGUACCAAAUUUGUAUAGUGUAAUUCUCGAUAAACUUCCUAUGUUUACCUAAUAGUAGUGUUAAGUUCCUUUUUUGUUUUUAAAUUACAGUAGAAUCCCGAUUUAACGAAGUGCUAUGGUUACCGAAAAUGUUUACUCUAAAUCGAUGUUUCGUUAAAUCCGAUUUACCGAUUUUCAAUGACCCCCGCACUCAUAAUCGCGUCCCUACGUUUUCAUAUCGUAGACAGGGUCGACGCUGAUAUCUUGUGCUGCCGUGCUAUCUCAGACUUUGUCAACUUUCCAUCUUCAACGUUUUUGAUCUCACUUGUACGGCCCCCGGUUUGUACGUACACCUCGGUCGUACAUACAGAUUUUUAGAAACCAUAAAAAAUGAGGCAUAAAACUAAAAAAAAAAGUUUAAAAAUAUGUAAAGUGUAAGAAAUACGUUACUGUUUAUUAAAAUACAGUCACAACCUGCAGCGUUUAUAACAAAUACGAGCUACAUACACAUUGCGUCACAGUUAAAAAUUUAAAAAAAAAAAAAUGGCCGCAAAUUGAUGGAAAUUUACCGUCAAUAGCGCGCCGUACGCGGAGAAAGGUCAUUGUACUCGGUCAGCUGUUGUAACGGCGGGGUAGUCGACGGCUGGCUCUCUUUGUUCGCUGAGCUGCGCAGCACUUAUAAAAAACGUAUUCCAAAAACUAAACACCGCGCACAAAGCUCUUACUGAGAAUAAUAGAGCUCUAGCAAACCGUAUGUAUUCGGUACUGAGUAACAGGUGCGCCAUCUAGUAACGAGUAACAAAACGUUACACACGGCUGCAUCUCGUUACUCGCAUUUUUCGUAUGUUUUAUAUUUAUCUUGUCCAUUGCAAGACUCAUUCAAAGAAAGUAUUCUGUGUACCAACUGACCUCAUUAACCAAAAUAAAAUAAGUAUGUAUUUUUUUAUGAUGAAAAAAUCAAUAAUUUGUAUCAAUAAUGUAUAAUUUGUAUUCGCAUAUUCGAUGAAUUUGCGUUACAAAGAACGAUGUUUGUUUAUUAAGUAAAAUAUAAUUUGGAAAUUCGUCGUCAAAAGUUUUUUACUGUUUAUUAAAGGUAUUGUGUGUGUAAACAAAGUUUGAGAUUGGAACAGAAACAACGUAAGAAAGUAUUGUUUACAAAUUAGAAAUAUGUAUGUUUUUGUUUUUUAUCAUCGCGUAUUUUCAGGUUUUUUGGUUCUUAUCUUAAAAGAAAUAAUAUAAGAUAGCCGCUCUAAUGAGAUUUAAUUGUUUCUUGGUUAACAAAAACUGUUAAUUAUCAAAUAUUGUUAAUUGUUUAUAUUCUAUUUAUUAUUAUUUACACGUCAUCAUACUGUACGCGUACGCAAUACGACUCGAUUCGUUGCUGCAACAUAACAUAGCAUGUUAUGCGGUAUCAGAAGUAACGAGUAACGUAACGUGAUACGAUAGUAACGAGUACUAAUGGUUAUAGUAACGAAUACAUAUGGGUACCCUUUUUUUCGUUACUUUUACACCUCUAAAGAAUAAUGAUAAUGGCAUAUUGGUGUGACGUGGUCACAAGUUGAAAAAACCUGGAGGAUGUGAAAGGGAAUAUUUGUAAACGUGUGAUUAUUGGCUAGCACUGUUACAUUGCGGGCGUGUUUGGAAGAUAACGUGGUGAGUCAAGUCAGGGAUAGCUGAGGGGGAGGGAGGUGCGGACAAAGAAACCCUUCAUGACGUCAUGUGUCGCGAACAGUCUAUCUAUCCAGGCGCGCGCAAUGGCACGCACCUACGCAAUUCAGUUACAGCGCUCGGAGUUUUUAAGCAAUUUGAAUAAUUUUUUUUAAUUUUUUCGUAUUUGGACAGAUGAUGCAAAGGCAUAUUAAUAUAUAGUACCUCCAUUCUAUUACUGACACCACAGUGUGUAUUUUUUAGUAAGAUUCCAUUACAAUUUAUUUUCAUUUUUUGGAAAUCUAUAUUAUUAUUUUAAUAAAUUGGUGUUUUUUGAUGGUUCCUGAAAACCUUUACGUUAAAUCUCUGUUUUCGUUAAAUCCGUCUUCGCAAAAUCGGGGUUCUACUGUACACAGAAACUUAGUACUUUUAUAUACUUGAUUUUGUAAUACAACUUUUACUGGAAAACAGGUUAAAAUAAUAUUUGUCAAGAACUAGUUUGCCAAAUUGUUUCCUCCACAUAUGUGAUGCAUUUAGAAUUAUUAGUGACUGUAUUUUUAUAUCAUAAUAGGUAGAUACCAGUUAGGAACCUUUAUUUACUUGAAUCUAAGACUCCAUCGAUUGUAAUAUGCAUUUCUGUUUGGAUCCUAAAGUUACUGUAAAUAAACACCUUUACCUAUAAAUUAAUGAUGCACUUCUAUUAUAACACAUUUAGGUUUUGUGCACAGGCUGUACUUGUCUUCUUUGCGUUUAUUUGGCCGCUUCAACCUUAAAUAGGGAGGUUGGUCUUUGACAGAGGUGCACCUGUGAUCAUUUUAUCUUCAAGUGUCAGUUGAAUAACUUUCUGUACUUCUCGUGUGCCACUUCCUGAAUUAUAGUCAUAAUUAUAAAAAAAUUUCUCUAAUUAUAAUUAUUACAAAUAUUGAUGAGUUUACCUGCAAGUUUAGGAAGUCAACAACUCAAUAAAUGGGUGGGUCAUAGAUUCAAAUAUAUUCAGUAAAUGUAAGAUCAACACAAUUUUUUUAUCGAAAAAAAGUCACGAGAAGGUGCAUAUUUGAACCAAAUAAAUUUGGGAAUGUCCUGUUAGACAGAUAACAAGUGUUUGGAGAAAUGGCACAAAGAACACUCACUUGUAUAUAAUGUCUGACAUUGUCAUGUCUGAAUUCUGAAUUAACAUUUGUAAGAAUUAGCAGUGGUAAACUAUGGUUAUUAAUUAAAUUAUGUACCACUUUAAAUUUACAAUGAUAUUAGGAAAAGGAAAAAUACUGUGCUUUAUUGCAUAAUUGUCGCACCAAUAUUUUAGAGCGUCAAAAUUUGGAUUAAAAAAAACCUCUCGCAUAAACGUUGCAUGAUGUUUUUGGUUCUGCUAUUAUAUUUCGAGCGCUUUGUGUAGGUAUUUUAUCUAUAUAAAACAAUGUAUUUUAAAGUUGAAAUCUAAUAUUUAUUCGGACAUUACCACUUACUUAUUUAAUUAACGGAAAGACUAAGUUUUCUGAUGUAUAAAUUUUAUUUUAAAAGGUUAUAACCUUUAUCUGUUUGUCUGCAUCGCCGCGGUGUACCGCUUAUAAAAAUGUAGCCAACGCUAGUUGGCAUCAUUCAUGUUUGGUUAUGUUGCUUCUCGUUUAGAGCGCGCACACGUAGUCGAAUAUCGAUAUUGAUAUCUUGCCAAUUGCAUGCAACGUGCGCUCUCUGUUGAGUGCUGAGUCCCUCACUCUUUCAUGGUAAGUGUGUACUACGACGAUAGUUAUGCGUUAGUUCCGGUCACAGAUUUUGUUUUUCUAUUUAAAUUUGAAGAAAGUUGAAGGUUUUUGUUGCUAGACUUAUUAAUUUAAAUUAUUUGGCGUGCUUUUGUGUGCUCUACUUUUUAAAUAAACAUACUUUCCAUGAAUGGUUUUUUUUUUUUUUUAUGAAUAACUUUACCUAACAAAAAAAAAAUUUUUUUCUCAUAAAAAUUGUACCCCUACUUUUCAAACUUGAUUUUAGUAUAAAAUGUGCGAAGAUUAUGCGAUGAAACAUGGUACUAAUAUUUUUUUAAUAUUAAAUGCAAGAUAUUAAAAUAAUUAACAGUUUAAUAAGUAUGACACAUGGAAUACUUAUUUUAAUAUUAACUAAACAAUCACUAAUUUUAUAAUAUUAUAAUUUUUUGUCUGAUAACUAUUUUGUACUUAAAAAAUUAAAAUUUUUUUUUACAUCUAUUCUUGGGCUAAAUAAUACAAAAAGAAUGGCGCAUUAUGUAUUUGGCAAGUAAAGAAAAUUUAAAAAUGUAAAGAAAAUGCAAAAACAAAAUUAUAAUUAAAUUUGAAUAUUGCAUAUUUUUUUUCUUUAGGUAAAAUAUAAGAAACACACAGGCACAUUUUUAUUUAUGGCAUAUAAAAUUAUUAUAAUUGUUUUUACUUUUUAAAAAAUGGCAAUUAUUACAUGGCUAUAAAGAUGUCUGCAUGAUUUAAAUAGGCAUUUCACAGUUAUUACACGUUUUCUUAUGGGAGAAAUGUGUUUUUGUUUUCACAUUCUCACCACUUUGACACAUGCGGUAAAAUUACAAGUUAUUGGAAGGUGUUACACACAAAGCACAAAAAUAAAUGAAAAUCAUAAUCUUACAGCAAUGUUCAAAAAACGAGACAAAUUUACAAGUAGUAUUCAAUUAUAUACGAAACACCCAUUUAACACAAUGCUAAAACUGGGUGUGUCGACUACUAGCGCCAUCAGUUCGCAGUCUUGCCACAAACUUCACUAAGCGAAGCGGACUGUCAUGCCAGGGUGAAAGAUAGGAAGUUGCCAGACCUAUCUAUAUGGGUGUGCUUUAUUCAUUGUUAUUAAAAUAAAAAGAGCUAUUGGAUAGUAGUCAAAUUUAAAAACCAAGUUUUGUUACUAGGGCCCUUGCUCUGGGUCCAGCACCUUGCAGUUAAAUAAAAGCUGCGCAUACAUGAACAAAAUUUUUAAGUGCUGCAGUAAUCAGAGAACUAUAUCCUCGCAUCCUAAAGGGUGCCAGUAAAAUAAUACCCAACAGUAAUUAAAUUUGAAAAUAUUUAUGUAGAGAAAUAGAGUACGGAUAGAUGGUAGCAUAAAAAAAAUUACAAGUUAUCUUUUCAAUGAUUAACUGUAAAAAUCAUAUAGAUGCAUGUAUUCAUGACAUUGAGUUGUUUUGUAAAAAACACUAUUCAGAACUUAACCCAAUAACUAUGUAUAAAAAUGCAACAUAUAAAAUACCCAAAAAUUAUGUAAAAAGGAAAUAACAAAUAUAUAAACCUCAUAAAAAUUACGGCUACCUUUUACAAACAUUAAACAUUAAAUCCCAGGCUCAACCUUAUUAAUUGUCUCACCAAAGUUACUCCAACUCUUUGCGUGUUCAUAAGUUUUUUAUACCAACAAAAAAUAUAUUAAAGGUCCGGUAAGCAGCAGUGGCAAUUUUUUGAUAGAUACACUAAAGAGUUAAAUUCCGGGGAGUUUAAACCUUAUUAACACUCGUGAAUCCAAGACCAACACAGUGGUCCUCUCUCAUUUACAUGCUUGAACACAUCAAGCGGCUCUGCGUUAACGUGGUAAUAUUCUAUCCUUGGAAAAAUACUGUUUUCCCAGGGGCAGGCCAACACUUACAAGUCCAUAGCUUGUAGUGACGUAUCUUCCUUCAGGUGUGCCAAAAGCAUAGCACACUACAGCAGCACAGGGCAUGCCCGAUGACCAACAGCACCUAGUAUUAUAGAGCACAAUUCCAUGCACUCGUAGAUAUUGAAAACUAGCAACUACUAUUUGCAGUAGUUGUCUACAAACAUAGUUACACAGUUCUUUUGUAAUAUGUGCGAGAUUAUCAAAAAUAUGGUACAUUCACGCAAACCAGUUUAAAGUAUUCUUGUGGAACGCAGGUAGCGGCUUUCACGUCUCCAGCGUCAGCCCAAUGCUGUCUCCCCACAUCCGCCACCUUCGCAUGGAAGAACAUGUGACCAUCUUCCGGUCAACACACUCGCAAGAAAAUAGUUCUAGCACAUGUUUAUAUUUACGUACCUAUUACUAAGGUAGCCAUACUAAAAUAAAAAUAUAUAGAUAAAAAUUAAAAUAAUAAAAUACUCUAAAAAUACUUGCAACAUACUAAAUAUAAAUUAUACUAAACCUGAGUGUUCUCAGAACUUUUAGACCAUUUUAGGUUUUGCCAACUUAAUAGUCAUUUCCUUGUAGGAUGUUCGCCAAUUAUAGUAAAUAAAUGAUGAACUAAACAUAAUUAAAUUUUAAAACCAGUAUGAAACCAAGGGGUUUCAGUUUUUACUUUUUUGAAGUAUUGAAAUUAUGAAAAUAACAACUGCUGUUUGAAAGUUACAUACAAUUAGCUAACAUAAGCAUCAUACAUAGUUUAUCUGUAAGAGCACUCUUCCAACCUAGGGCAUUUAUAUGCAAGACUAUUAAAUUUGUGUCUGUGUGAUAAAUCUCUUUGUUCAUUAUUUAUACCUUAAUUUUGUUAUGAAAAUGUGGAAAACACAGUGAAACAUUUAAACUGACAAAUGCAUUUCGGAAGUUCACUUAAAAUAACUUGUAAAUAAAUUAUAUAUUUUUUUUCCCAAACAAAUCUUUUAGGGUUACAAAACUGUCCUUUUAGUCACAUUUCAGUGUUAUGUUUUGUCAAAUACAAUACUGCUUCUGAUAACAACAAACCAUUUAAAAGAUAGAGACCUAUUCAUAGAUUUUACAUUUAUGAAAAAAAUUGACCAACUAAGGACUUGCAAGUGUAUCAUGUAUUGAAACUUAUUUAUAAAAUACUUAUCUAUUUGUAAAGUUAGCUGCAAUAUUUUUAUUCAAGUCAUUAAUAUUACUAACUGAGAAAUGUUUGAGCAUUCAAUAAAAUUGUUGUUUAAUUUGUUCUUUUGCAUAAUGUCUUUUUUAAUAGUAAUUAUUUUAAUAUUGUGCAUUAUAAUAUAGGGAGAUUUUUGUAAUUAUAAACCUACAGAAUCUCCAAUUAUUUCUGAACUUGUUUUCUUACAAAUACUGGCAGAAUUGUGAGAGUGUAGUGACAGAGUUUUACAUUAUAUUUUUUAAUUGGUGAAAAUGAACACCAUAAGGUGCAGUUGUUGAGCAUUUAGGGUAUGUGAAAUGCAAUAACAGUCCUGCUAUUUUUGGUAGUAAAUUUUGUUCAAAGUAGCAUGUAAAUAGAUACAUGAAAACUCAAAGCAGCAUAACUACUGCUUCUCCCAGCAUGUAGUUUGCCAAUAUGACAACCCUGGUCAAGAUGCACUGGUCAUUUGCAUUUAAAGACAAAAUGUCUCUGUGUACCAAGUUUUAAUAUUCAAGUCAUACUUAAGGUUUAUAGUUCUGUCAAUUAAUUGGUUAAGUUAGACUUUCAAAAACUAUUUUAUUACUUUUAUGAAAAAUAAUUUAAUUAUUUUAUGUUAGCAUAGCUGUUAAAUUUUGCAUUUCUUGACUGAAAAGAUUGUAUAACAAUUUUUGAAGUUAACAAGAACAGAAGUAAGUAAUUUAAGAAUGACUUUAGGGUUCAACUUACCAUCUGAUACUGUUGCGGGCUGCUCAGACAUUUUUGCAUGUCUAACAAUACAUGUACACGUAGACUGAAGUGAAAGUGACUAGAUGAAAUUAGGGAAAUAAAAAGAAAAAUGAUAGCAGUAAUCUGUAACAUCUAUCUGGUUCACUUAAGUUAAUGUAACUGUAUCAUGAACAUGCAUUACGAAGUGCCUUUUUGGUGUAAGUGUAAGUGUGAUGUAUGCAUUCAAAAGAAAACAUCAAUGGUAUGGUGCUGCAAUUGUGACUUAGUGGAUGACAUGUUCAUUGUGGCCUCGGUAGUCACAGCUAGUGUUUUGCUUGUAUGUUGAGAUAAGAGCCGUAAACCAUUAAUUCCGAAAGGUGUUUGGGUAUCAUUAUUGUUGGAUAAAGAACAGUUGGCAUCUGUAUUUAUUGAAAAUGAAAUUUAAUACAUCCUAAUAUUUUUUUUAAACUUACUCUAGAUUUCACAAGACAUUGUUUGCAUUAAAAUAGGGGUGUGAAUAGUACAGUGAGUUUCUGUUAUCACUUUUGCAUCACAAUGCACACCUGUUGGUACUUAAAUGCUAAUUUCCUGUUAGUCCUGUUCCUUAGUAUAACAUAUUUUGUUUGUCCAGUUGUUCCUUUUUUAACUGCAUAAUUGCAAAAAUUUGUAACAUGUUUCGCAGGGUAUGUAGUUCACUGCGACUUAACUUAAAAAUUGUUCAAACUGUGAGACCCUUUCAGAUUUUUAAGGUUGUUGAUAUUCUAUGUAUAUUACUGUUAACACACUAACUUGCAUAACUAUUAGAUUAAAAUAUAUAAAUAUUAACUAACUUAAAUUUUCCCUUUGCAAGUUGCAAAUCUAAUUAAAUCUCUAUUUAAAAAUAGUAGCAUCUUGUAAAGUAUAUUACCUAUGGAGGUUUACAAUUCUUCAAAAUAAAUGCAGAUAGAAUACUUUUGAAUGCAAACAAGUGAUAUCAGCAUAUUGUAACAAAUUGUAGAUAUGCUUAGUUUCUAAUAACUUAGUGAAAAUUUAGUUAAGCAUUUUUUAAUCUGACUGACUACUAUUCCAGCAUACUCUUAGAAUACUCCAAUAUAUCCUCAUGAUUAUCUUUCAUUUAAAAAUUGACCUUGCUGCUUGGGUACAUGAAUUAUAAUUUUUUGUGUUACUUUACAAUAAUUAAUUUUUUUGAUGUUAAAUAUGUGGCAUAAAAUCAUGUACUAUGGUAAAUAAAAUGAAUAAUUUUACUCCCUUAUUCAUUACCAUGCAGCAUUGUGACAAGACAUUUUGAAAGUUUAGUUGUACGAGUAAUUUUUUUUUUUUUUAGCAAUAUUAAAAAUAUUUUUUACAGUCAUAAAACUGUGUAUGAAUAAGUGAUGCUGGAAUAAAAACAAAGUACUCUCUGUAGUGAAAGUAAUUGAGCAGCAUUGUCUAAAAUGUUACAUUAUAAUUAAUCAAAUAUGUUCUUAAAAAUGUUAGUUACAAAUUCAAGUGCAUUUUAAGUAUGUAUUUAAACUUAUUUUAGUUAUUUUGUAUGUUAUACAGUUAUGAGUAUUAGGUAUGCUGAAAAAUCAGUUUGAUCUGAUUACUAUUUAAUACAUAUUCAAUAGUUACUCUAAUUGGUCUUUCAUCUCUCUGAUUGUCAACUUAUAUUAGAAGUUACUUCAGUAUUUUACCAGAAAGAAUUUUGAUAGAAUGGUACUAAAUAGUUAAAAUGUUAAAUACUAAUGUUUUGCUAGUUGCAUUUUUUUAUUUUUUAUCUUGUAAGAGAGUAUGUACCAUACGUAAUAUUUAAAAUAUUGUAGUUGAAGUUAUAAUGUAGAUAUAUAAGAAAAGUUGUAUAAUGUAGAAAUAUAUUUUUCCUCCUAUAUAUUUAAAUGAAAAUCUGUAUUUUGAAUUUAUGGAAAUGUAGUUAGUAUGCUGUGUGUUUACUAGGUGUGGUUAAAAUUUAUGACUCAUAGUGAGUUUACUACAAUUUUCACUCUUUGUGAACUUUUUCUGUAUCAUUGAUACUUCAUCAGGAUUUAUAAUGAAAUGGUGCUCUGGUUAGGUUGAAUAUAGGUGGCAUUCAGUUAUUUGUGUGAAUGGUCAUAGCUCAGCGAAGGAUACCUAUUGUCAAUAUUAACAAAAUCAGUUUAAAAUUGUUAAAGGUUUGGCCCAGAUUGCUUAUUUCAGUAUGAGUAAUACUUAAAGAAAAAUAUGUUAACAUGUACAUAAUUAUGAACAAAGUUCAAAACUCCACAGUUCAUCUAUUUCUUAUUUCAGGUGUGUACUUAAGUUAUUUCUAAUACAUAAGUACUGCAAUCAUUAUCUCUGUUAAACGUACAUUCCAAAAUAAUGCAAAAAUAAUUGGAGAUGAGAAAACAUGCAUAAGAGCAAUGAAAUUCAGGCAUAGAUGAAAGAAAAAUGUAAUUUGUAUGUUUACCUACCUGCUAUCUCCAAUAAUUUUUUUUCCAAGAGUUAAUAAAAAAUUACUAUUUUUUGUAUGCAAUUGAAUUUGUUUUUUAGGUUUUAGAGAUAAUUUAGAACCCACUCCUUAUAUUUUGUGUGUGUGCGCAUGCGUGCGUGUGUGUGUGUGAGCACAAUUUAUAUAUUAAAAAGUUUCAAUAAACUGUUAACAGCUA